AUGCAAGAUACUCUAUGGUGUUGUCGCGAGCGCAUCUUACCGAGAAAAGUUUGGCGUAUUAUCAAUUACGAAAUUGAAGUAAUGCAAUAUAAGGAUGUGAACCAAAUGAGUGCUUAUUACUUGGGGCAGGCGAUUGGCCAAAGUAUCUUGGGUCCAGCAGAUUGCGAUACGAUCAUGACUGAAAAGGCGAGUCAUUUCCUAACGAGAAUGAUCAUUGAACAUUCGAAGAAUUAUAAAAGCAUACAAAGAGGUAUUCACAAGGCUAACACCAAAAAGAAGACGGUUGCGGCUGCUGAUUAUGCAAAUGCUCGUACUAUCUCGUCCAUGUCCAAAUCCGAGGCUACGCGUGCUAAGGCAAAAUCCUACAACCGCAUUAUUAGACAAAUCCACAACAGAAAUAGAGAUUGGUUGGCCAUUGCUAAUCAGUCACUGUACGCUAUGUUGGAGAACGACUACGAGGAAAAUAAUGCGCGUGAUAUAGAUGAGCCUUAUGUCUCCAUUUUCUCCACGGAUCUCGACCCUUCUCGUGCUAUCACGUCGCCGGUCUUAUAUAAACUUGUCAGUGAAGCAAGCAAACCUAUAGAAGUAACCCCUCGAGAUCCAUUUGCCAAUUCCACACUAUUCAGCAGCAACAACGGUAAAAGUAAAGCAAAGAGUGGCACGCCACCAUCAACGACAACAAUCGAGUCUCAGCUAAGCAUCGCUUUCGAUGACUUUGCCCCUUUGACGCAAGAAAAUUAUUUGGCCUACCUUGAAGAGUUGGAAAGGAACAGUAUCGAUCAUCAUCAAAGCAGAUCACACAUGAGAAUGAUAAACACUUCUCUCUCUCAGAUGAAAUUAAAACUCAAGAAAGAUCGAUCUCCAUUCGCAGCUGCACCAAUGCCACCACUUCCUCCUUCUACAACUAAUACUGCAGGGAAUACUACAGAGAAACCGACUGCUACAUCAGCUAUCAGCACUAUCAUUCCCCACGAUACUAUCAAUCACCGCCGCAGUAAAGAAUCCAUAGCCAUUCCUUCUUCUCCUAAUACUGCUGCUUCAUUCAGCAGAGCUUCAAGUACUAUUGAAGAAGAAGCAGACUUCUAUAACGCAGAUCAGCAAAGUCAUCGAACGCUGUAUACAAAUAGUAUAAUAGAUGAACAUAUGAGUAACAGCAGUAGCAGUAGUAACAACAAUAUGAAAACAUCGCGAAAACAAAUGAAAGGGAUGAUGAGGAAAGCGUUCAAAUUAGGAACGAUUGUCCCGUCAAAGCGUAUUCAAGCGGGCACAACGUAUUAA